GCGGAAUUUCCGGAGCUCAGCUGUGCGAACUGAUCCUUAAAGUUUUUUAAUAGUUCACCGCUGAGUUUCUGCCCACAUCUUCUCGAAAGGUUAUAUCAAAAAGUAAACGCACGUCCCGCGAACGAUAAAUUUCAGUCGAACAUGUCAGGAACUGACGCAAGAACCUCAGGAAUCGUCGUAGUCGGCUUAGGGCGGGCAGGAAAGGCUAGAGUACGAGACUUGAAGCAGAAAGUUUUAGGAGAAAAUGCCGUUCUUCGCGGAGUCAUCUCAAGGUAAGCUUUCAUAGUUACUUUGCGUCCUGUAUCAAAUAUUGGACCUUGAAUCGAUUGGGACUCCAGAGUUUCCUGGAGAGAUCAUCAGUGGGAUGUUAACCACGACAUGUUUAGUUAAAGGCUCUUUUAAGUACUGGCAUGACAGAUUUCCCUACUCUUUCAUUUACGUAAUGAUGAGCUUGUGAAAUUACUAUCUAUUUAUACUACUUACCUGGAGACUGAAAAAGGUACCCCUUUUGUGUUGAGUGUCCGAGCCAUCAUUGUAGGGAGUAAACCCCCACCUCCAGGGGCCAGAGGACACCCUUAAUGUUUUACCUCCAGAACCGAGAAGAGACAAUGUGCCUUUUUGAAAGCCUAGAGGGCAAGGAUGUUUCUGAACAACUAUCUAAAGAAUUCCAGAGCCAAGAACAAAUAUUGUAUAGAGACAGCUGUUGUCAUAAUUUGCUUGAUUGCAUUGACAAGUAGAAUAAUAAUGGAUAGAAGAUGUGCUUUAAAAGAUGUGAAACAAUCAAUCAAUCAAAUGGGAGAGAAUUCUGCCUUCCAUAUAUAGGGCAGUGUAUGCCAAAGGAUCUGUCGCAAUCAAUGUAUAGCAUUUUUUAGAGAUGGAGGGGAUGUGGAUGUGGAUGGUUAUGCAAUUUUUUGAAAUUUUUUUUGGUGGGGAGGAGGGAGAUAAAUGAGGUGCAUUAUAGUCUAUGUGAAAAUGGUGAAAUAAGCUUAAUACAAAGUAUGGUAUUUGAGCAGAUUUUUUAUUUUAAACUUCCCAGGCGAAAAGUUGAAGAUGAUUUACCUACACUAGACUGGGAUGAAGCUUUGAGUAGAGAAGACGUCAAUGCUUUAAUAAUUUGCACAGAAAAUGAUACCCAUGAACAGUAUGCCAGGUAAAUUAUACAGUGGAACCUGGAUAAUAUGGACACCAUGUCAUCCAUGUUAUCCGGGUAUCCAUGUCAAGCCAGGUCUCAGAAAGAAUGUCAUGGAGUGACACAUGUUUUAUCAAUAGAAAGAUACAUGUACACACAAGCAAUGACUCAGGGAAGCCAAAAGCUAAGGAAGUGAAUGACUUUGUGUAAUUUAAGGAGGCAGAAAACUUUAUUAAAGGAUUACAGUAUGAGGGUCAAGCACCAGACUGACAGACUGAUAAAAAUAAGUGGGGUUGACAAUAGUAGUAUAAGAGUUUGUGACGACUCAGGACACAGAAAAAUGUCCAAAGUCCAUAUUAACUAGUGUCUGUAUAAGUGGGUUGAUUGUGGAGAAAAUAUGAGCUUUUUGUGAGGACAAACAAAACUUUAUAAUAUAGGUGUCCUUAUUAAGCCGGGGGGGGGAACUCAACACAAUCUUAUACAGGGAGGGUUCCACCCUGAAGUCCAACCCCUUAUCCUUUUACUAUUUUUCACAGAAAAGGAUCCUCUUUCAUAUACCAUCUUAUCUUAAUUAAUAAUUAAGUUUUAUUCAUAUGAUCAUUGUAUAAAAUACUUUCUCUUUUAAUAGUUAUUUGUUCUAUUAUUUUCUUUUUUUAUUUCUCUAUUUUUUUAAGUACAUUUUUGUUGUAAAUAUUUGAUACAUAUUUUUAUUUUUUAGUUAUAGGUAACAGAUAAAGAGCCACAGUGUGGAAACCCUUCUAUUAAACCGAUUACCUACUUACUUACCUUCUAUUGACAAAUCAUUGGCCUUUAACAGCUGUAAAUGGACUGUCUUUAAAACAGAACAUUUUCUCAACUUUUUCACGGCCAUAAAAUGCAUCUGUUGGCACAUUUGGGCCUUUUUACAGACCGAAAUACAGAUUUCCCUACGUAUACCAUUUCAACUACUCCAACUAGAGAAAGCCCUACCCUUUCAUAUACCUAAGGCCCGUGGGUAGAGGUGCCCCCUUCAGGUGGAACGUCCCUUUAUAGGCCAUCAUUUAGAAUUCCCCCCCGCCACCAGGGUAUUAAGCAGGUGUCCGUAGAGUGGGGUUCCACUGUACCAUAUAAAGCCUGCCUUCCUGGAAUGCCUCUGAUUAUCCCUGGCUGUGGCCCAGACAGUGUUAUGAUGUGAUGAGCUGGGAUUGAUCAUUUACUGGUGGCUACCGGUUCCUAGUGAGAUAUUCCCAUGCUUGUAAUUACCUACAGAUGAAUACUUGGAAAAAAAUCAGGGAUAGUCUUAAACAAAUUAAACAACAUCAGAUUAUUUUAACUUUGCAGGAAAGCACUGGAGCAUGGGAAGCAUGUACUGGUAGAUUAUCCAUUAUGUCUGUCAGCACAAGGUGGCAAAGAUCUUUUUAACUUAGCAGAGAGUAAAGGUAUGAUGGAGAGAGAAGUUAAAAAGCUGACCUUCUAUUAACUAGAAAUAUGUGUCUCGCAGAACCUCUCAAAGGGCAAGGGAAAAGGGCAACAGUAUUAAAUACCAAAGACGUUGACUGGAAAAUUGAUAUAAGCUCUUGUUUCACCUUCCACGUAUAUUUCCUUCUGCAUUUUACGAGGGCCUCCCUUCUAGUUACUUCAUGUUAGCUUUCUGUGCUACCCUCUUUAAAUCAGUGUCAUCAUCAUCAUCAUCAUCAUUAUCAUCAUUAUCAUUAUCAUUACUAUUAUUAAAAGAGGAGAAGGAAAGGAACAAAAGACUAGUGUUUGACUUGAAAAGAAUGUUUUGGUUCAUUUUGUUCCUUUCUCUCUGUAAAAGGACCAGAAAACAGAUCAAGCUUCAAUCGGUUUUUGGCAGUAGAGUCGAUGUCUUAUGUUUUAUCUGUGGAUUUAAGAAUUCAUUGAUAUUAAAAAAAAACUCCUUGUAGUCUUGAAAUAUUUCCUCUUUGUACGCGAUUUUAGGACUGAUAUGCCAUGUUGAGAACAUAGCUCUUCUUCUUCCUGCACACCAAGACUUCAAGAAGACCAUCAAAACCAAGGAUCUUUCCCUCAAGGAAGGCACAGCUAGGUUAGAGGCCAGUUUUGCCUCAGAGUGGUUUAAUGAUAUAAACCGUGCAGGGUUUCCAAGUUUCUCUGGCGUCUCAACCUUGGAAUGUCUCACCGACCUAUUUGGCAGUCUGACAUUGAAGGAAGCUCACUUUGUACAUGAAACAGAUCGUCAUGUACUCACCUGCAAACUUUUCACCUCGGAAAACAGGUGAGAUUUCCACUAAGGCUCGCCCAAUGACAGUCUUGGAUUAUGGAUUCCUUGCCGUGGAUUUCGGGUUCCAGGUUCUGGAUUCCAAUCUUUUUCUGUGGAACCUGGAUUCUGGAUUCCAAUCUUUUUCUGUGGAACCUAGAUUCUGGAUUCCAAUCUUUUUCUGUGGAACCUGGAUUCUGGAUUCCAAUCUUAAGUGGGAUUCCGGAUUCCUUGUGUUGUAUCCGGAUUCCAAAGCCCAGGAUUCAGGAAUCCAUGAGUAUACUUUUCCCGGAUUCCAGAAUCCGGAUUCCCUUACAUGCGGUGAUAAGGCCUAUGAAGGGGUACUCCAGCGAGCAAGGGAGCAGGGUAGCAGGUGCGUCCAAUCAACUUUCUGGCGGGGGUUCCUGUCCUUUUUGGCCGGGAGUUUUUUUAUGUUGUUGUUGCUAUUGUUUUCUUUUUGCUAUAAAGCCGCAAUCAGGUCUUUACGAGUUCAGAGAUGCUCUUGCUCAAUUUUUGCGCAGCUGACAUUCGCAAGAUAUGCUUUAAUCCUAUUUACUCGAUUCAACGCUACCCUGGAUUGAAAUCCCGCAAAUGGAAGCAACAGUGCCAAUAAAAGCUGCCCUCGAAAAAAUGCCGCACUAAAUCAGGGGAGGCCAGCGUUUAUUUAAGGUAAUCUUUACCAUCCAGGCAAUUUAUAUGAUUCGAUGCCAGCAAAAAGGAGGACAUUAGAACUUUAAACAUCUUUUUGUUUUACAUAUUAUUUCUAAGUGAUUUGCCCAGGAUCUCAGGAUGCGGUAUGUCUGGUUGCUAGACGUUUUCUGAAAGAAAGUCGCUUACUUAAGGUUUACAUAAGUAUCUGUUUAGUGCUUGAAUAGUUUUCACUAUGUCGGUAACUAACUAUUCAUUAUCUUACUGAUCGACACUUGUCUCUUAGGAUAGAUUGUCGCAAGUGUCAAUAUGCAUCGGUUGCUUUGUUUUGUUUCAGGCCAUUGACAUGGAAAAUCGAGAGAUUACGGGAAUGCACAGCAAGGAAGAGGUUCCAGGAAUUUAUAUUUGAAGAUGGCACUGUUUUAACGCUACCUCCCCCCGGUCCUCCUCCUCAGCCUACCCCCGGACACAAGGGGCUAUUUGCGAGAGAUUUGGAAUUGUUCCUAGCAAAGGUCCGGGGGGAGUGCAGUAAGGAGAUCAUAGCUGAGCACAAGAAACUAGUUUUAGAUUGUCUGGAAUUGGCUGAAGAAAUAAAGAAAAUGACUGGCUUCUGAACCUUUACUGAUGUGAAUUUGCGUGUAACAAAUACGCAGAGACUCCAGUGGAUAGCUUUGUACACUAUGUAAAUAUUCACUGGAUAAAAGACUGAGUUCAACCGUAGGGCCUGAUUACAAGGAGGGAGGGUAACCCUGGCACUAGGAUACCCUUGUAAGAGGGUUACCCCCCCGGGCUGGGGGGUUAUAAUAGCACUCGCACAUUUCUUCUUUUUUUAAGCGAUGUGUUUACUAGGCAGUAAGGGUUACCCUAGCGUUAGGGUAACUCUACUAUUGUUGGUUUUCACAUGACGUCACUAAAAUUCAACCUAAAAACUAUCGAUCCUACCGAGAUUUUGCUUUCAGGAUGUAUUAGAGCAGCUGAAAACUAAUUUUCAUACAAAUUUUCGCUUCAAAAGGGUUCUUGGUUUUGUGAUAGAAUACGCUUGAAUUUCUAAGCUUUUGCGUGACGCGGCAUUUAAAUGACGGUCAAGAGAGCUGUCUUGUAGGUUAAAAACAAAUGACUUAUUUCAGGAAAUUUUGCUAUCUAAACAGUUCGUGUAUUAGGAAAAGUAUUACUUUAAUGUUUAUGAGUUUCUCGAAGAAUAAAUUCAUGCUCUUGUAGCAAAACUCGGUAACUGAUAUUUCUGUUGGUUUCCGUCCGCCAUGUUGGAGCUCAUCCAGGUGAGCACCAGCAUGGCGUCUCCAUACAAAUCUCUAUAAGUUCGGUUAAAACAUUUCUUGGGAUAUCUCGUAUACGAAGUAUUCCUCUGACUUGAAUCUUGGCCAGGAUCUUUGUAUAUGUACCUCCUUUCAUUUCCCAGAUUCUGGACUUUAUCUAUUGAACGGUUUUGAUUUGAUACCUAAGUGCUAGUGUUACCCUAGUAAGAGGGUUAUCCUACCUGCCUUCUAAAUGCUCUGGUAGCCUAGCUGUGUAGCUGGAGGGAUUAGUGAUCAAGUGUGCGCUGUUGUUUUCGGCGGCGGAGCCGGGAGAAGAUUGGGAGCAAGCCAGCGCUCGCGAAUUCGCCCAAGGCGCGGCCGCUAAGAAAGUCUGUCCCCACCCAUAACAAUUCCUCCAGCUAGGCAGGCAAAGCUCAACUUUUCAAAGCUUCAGCUGUGUAAGCGAAACGUUUUGCGACUUGACAUGAGCGCAGUUAUUUCAAAUGAAAAUUUUAGAGUUUCACCAACCAUCAUUUUGAAACUAGGGCAAUUGUUCAUGAAGUCUUUAGUAUGAAUUUUUCUUUCGUAUGAAUAAUGUUGCACUUGGCCGGCAGCUAAUCGUAACUUUGCCUCAUUUUGAAAGUCAAGGUUUUGGAAACCUAGAAAUGACCUAAUGGACCAAUGGUCGCUCAGCGGUAGAUAAAUGAAUGUUGAAAAUUAACGAAUUUGUCCGGCAAAGCUGAAUGAAAUAAAUGCAUUUACCUUUUAAUAACCACGACCCC